AUGGCGCUCUGCACGCAUCCCGCUGCGGAGGGGUUCUCCGCCAUAGCAGGUUUGCGAAGACAGUACAAGAGAGAUAUCAACUGCUUGGAGGAUAGCAGUCGCCAGUGCAGCCUAAGGGCUUUAGCGCGCCUCUCUGCCUUGUUUCAGACAAGAAACAACGUGUCUUCUCAGAGUCCCGGGUCGUCGGCCAGUGGGUCGCGGUCUGCAACGCGAACUCCGCAGCAGUCAAUGAUAUCGGAAGCGGAAUGCCAAACCGCACCCGACAACGGCUCUAAAAACCUGCUGGAUUCGGUCUCGGGCACAGCAGAAACGGGUGGUUGCUCUCGGGAGGACCUGUUCACCUUUUUCUUGACUGACAUUUACGGUCCGUGUCUCAAGCUCGCAUCAGACUCCAAGUCCGACGCAUGCAGAGAAGCCGCCGUGAACCUCAUACGAAUGGGAAUCGAGUCUGCAGCCGAUCCGAGUGACAUCGCCGUUUUCAUGUCGAAAAAGCGACUCGACUUCCGCGAAGCAAGACGAACAGAUGCCGCAAGAGAGUCGGGAUCAUACGCCUCCGGCCAGGCACUUGUCGACUCAGUCCACAGCAGACUCAGUGGACAUCCGUUCAGGGAGCCUGUGGAGGAGAUCCGCGGGGGGCUUCUGCUUCUGCUUAUGUCCAUUUUGAGGCAUUCAGAGCCGAGCCUGCCUCGAGGAAAUCCGGAAAUGCUCUCCGGUAGUCCACACGACUCAAUAUGGCCCGACAACACGGCAGAAGACAGAAAUCCGUACCCUGUUGAGGGAUGCGAAGACACCGGUGUCUCAGAAGACCUCAACCAUCGACAGCAAGGAUUAAACAGUGAAGACGCGGCUAGGAAAGACGAAAGAGAAGAAAGGAUACCUCGGGGCUGGCAAAUACGAGAUGACUGUGCAGACAGCCUGGCGCAGUGUGCAACGAAGGCUCUGUCUGACCACGAUCCGCACAACAAACAACUCGCCUGUCGACUCGUCGUCUUGCUCGCAAGGUGCAUCCGUUUCGAUUCUCUUUCCCAGAAGACUGCUGAAAAACUCGCUUCGACUUUGACUUUGUCUCUGCGGCACCCUCAACGGAAAGUACGCUGGCACGUACUCGACGCACUGCAGUACCUCCUGUCCUCAGUCCUCCUCGGCUGCGACUGUCUUGACAAAGUGAUGACGAGUGUCUCCUCUCUUGUUGAGGAUGAAGUCGCUCCGGCGAUCAGGUAUAAGAUCUGCGCCUUUGUUGGAUUCUUGUUUUUCACUUUGCCUGUUCGGUAUCUGCAACCGCACAUGGCGAAGUUGCUUGCCUUUUUACUUGCAUGCAUCGCUGCUGAAGAUGACCAUGUGAAGAGUUACGGCGCCAGGGUGUUGAGGAACAUCGCGUUACCUUGUCUCCACCAGCUGCGAGAGGCUAAACCGUCCGCUGUCGAGGGGUCCCGGAGCAGGCGAAAAAGGACAUGUGAGUACGUCGACGCCUGUCCUUUUUCUUGGGCGAACGCUUCCGCCGAGUCUCCCGCUGGUUCUUCCUGGUCGGCGCUCCUGAGGUUCAUGCUCUCUCUCGCAGAAGGAGAAACUGAGCAAGUGAACAAGCAGGUUCUCUGUUUUCUCGAAUCUGCCGCUCUUCCUGAAGAGCCUCCAGGGAGUCAGAGAGAGAGCGCAGGUCACCCACCUGCCUUGCAGCGCGGGCCGCCGACGCUCUCGAGUGCGUUGUCGAGAGGGAAGGAAGUGCAGGUGUUGUCGACCCGUCUUCUCGCCGAGACGUUUGAGGACAAAGACAUUUCUCCGGCGCCAAGUGCGAUGCAAGUGUAUCUCGAAGUCCUGAAAGAAGUCCUGUCUUGCGUCGAAAGCAUCGCGAUUCUUCUCCCGCCUCCUGUCUGGGUCGCCGUCGCGGCGAAGCAGAUGCAGCUGCACCCUAGGGUGGUUGCCGCAUACGAAGAGGCAUCCGAAACGCAGUCCUUCGAAGACGCAGGGUGUUUCACUUCCUUGGGCUCUUUCACCACGGCGAAAAGGGCACAGACCGCAGCGCGCCACACUCCGUUCUCAGACGAGACAGCCGGCAAGAGUGGAGAGGAGGAGGGAACCCGAGCGUCUCGGGAGCAACGCCGAUCUGCGGCCGACGCACAGGAGCGCCCUUCCAGAGCUUCAACUGCCUCGAAUCGACUGUACGCGCUGCUUCUGCUGGGCAGAAUGCUCGUCACAGUCGACGCCUCGAAGACAGGAGCACGCGCCCGCGGGGAGUGGCGAGAGCGAGACGCUUCGUUCUGCGUAGACUUGAUUGGCGAGGUUCUUCAGACCGCUUUGCAGGGUGACGGGUCGGCGCAGACAGACUGCUUCGAGACCGCCUCGGCAGCGACAGAAGACGCUCGCGCCUUCUUUGCCGGCCAUGACACUGUCAGAGGAUCCGGAGGCGCCUCAGACUCGAAAGCCGCCGACGCACAUCUCGCCUUUGUCGCGGUCGCCGCAGCGAGCGUUGUGACCGCAUGCAGGGACAGUUGCCCCUUGCGAUGGCCUCGACUCUUUGCCAUUCUCUUGAGGCUGAGAGUCGCUGACAGUGUGCCUUCCCGCCUCGUCGACACACUCAUUCAUUUGCUGUCUGUGUACAGCGGCCAGGCGCCGCUCAACAUGUACUGCGCCUACUUGGCGGCGUUUCUUGAGGCGGAUCAGGAACCGGCAUGUAGGCUGAACGGUGCUUCAGAGCCAUCAUCUCCUGAGAGCAGCCUCGUAGCCCCUUGGGCGCUCAGUGACCCUCGUCGACUGAUCCUUCUGCACGCUCUUCAGCAGCUGAGAGUCUUUUCCGCGCGUUCGUCUGUACCACGUUUCUCAGUGGACGGUUUGCAGGGACAAAGCCUUUCUUGGGAGCAGACGGAAGAAGGUCUGAGGGCCUCAGAAACCGCUGAGGAAGCCUCGGCUCGAAACGCCUUCACUCGGGGAGUCACCACAGGUGGUGUUGCUUCUCCUCCAAUCUUGUCGUCUCGCGCUGCCGCCACGACUUUCGGGGAGGCCGGAGAAGGGAGAAAGACAGAAGGAGAGCGGGCGCAUGCAGAGAUACAAUUAACGUUGAAGAAGACGCAAAACUCUGAGGCCCAAUCUCAGCUGAAUCUCGACUGGGUGCCAGGCCUUCUCUGCGUCUUGAAAACACAGGCUUGUCCCGACACCGUGGCGCCUGCUGUCCGCGUAGACACUCUCGCUCUUCUCUUUGAGCUCUACGCAAAUCCAGAGCUCUCUUCCACUUGCCUCAAAAAGUACGCGCCGUUCGUCGUCGGCACCCUCCUUCUUCCAAACCUCCGGUGGAGACCAGGUGAAGCCAAUGCAAAACUACGAAAGGCUGCUCUCGCCUGUCUCGCAGCCGUGAUGGACUCCCUCACGGGGUCCGCAGAGUCAGAACAUUCGGCAGGAGUCGCGGGUCCUUCUUCUGCUUCUUGUGCGUCCUCUUCGUCUCUGUCUUGGACGGAAGACUCCUCAGAAGACGGGGGCUCUGAAGACCUCAUGUUCGGCAUCCCGAAGCUUGAUCCGCAGGACGGCCUCGCGACGCAGACUGAGCUGGGCGCCGGAAGUCCGGUUCCACUUCUAAAACCUCUCCUGCCCUGCUUGCUGAGCUGCCUGGAGGACGACGGACAGCCGGACACCCGGCGGUUGACUGCGGACGUUCUCGCUCGACUUUUCUCGCAGCUUCGAGGUUCUCUGCGCUCCUCCAGCUUCGGCGUCUCGUUUGCCUGCACGAGCGAAGCGGAACUCUUUCCAUCGCCGCCCGCGAAUCACCGGACUCCUCCCCAGCGUCGAGAGUGCGAACAGAACGCGUCUUCCCCUCCGUCAGGUAGAAGCCAGGUCGUUCGCGGUCGCCGAGACCGGAGCUAUGUCGCUCUCUGUUCAGCUCUCUAUGUGGCGCUGCUUCAGCGCCUCGACGACGCGAGAGAGGAAGUCCGUUGCGCGGCAGCACAGGCGAUCUGCGAAAUGCUUCUGCUUCUUGUCGAGAUAGAGGGAGACCCAGAAGAAGACGCAGCGGAGUCGAGAAACGCUUCUUCAGAGAGAGGAGAAGACGACCCAGUGCCCUCUGCGCUCGGGAGAGACACCUGUCUCGACGGUGAAUCUGAGGGAGAAGACUCGACGAAGGGUGAAGGCUCUGGAGUCUUCAGUGCGAGAGGAGAAACAACCUCAAAAGACGACAAAGACGAAGACCUGGCGGCGACCGUCACAACAGCCAUGAAACUCGCUGGACAUCUUGAUGCUGAACUUCUUCGCCGAGAAGUCACCGCCGCUGUCGGGCAGUGUCUGUACUCCGAGCGAUACGAAGCUCUCGCAGAAUUUGCGGAGACUUUGCUCGAGGAAAAAGACGCAGGUUUAGCACACUCUGUCGCGUAA